AUGAUCACCAAGAUGCGGCCAUCCGGUGGUGAUGUUCACCGCUCGUGCUCUUUCUGUCCUGAUCAUCAGCGCUCACUCCCUGUUUGUUGCGGAUCGCCACGCGAUAAGCCUUGGUGCCGAAACUGCAAAGAGCGCGGCAUGCCAUGCGUGUACGACACGGGCCUGAUCAGGAUCCAGAAGCACGACGAUGAUGGGCCGCACCAAUCAUCCACGCUUCUUUUCCCCGCGACCAACCAGAGCAUCCCUCUCAUCCGUGAACUCGAGUCGCUCUUCAGCAAAUUGUGGUCAAGAACUCGGGGAUGCUGGUUGCGCGCAACCGCCGCGCGCCCCGCCCAGCAGGAGACCACGCCAGACAUCGACUACCAGAACGGACUCUCGCAGAUCCUUGCCGAGAUCAUCACUGUACUUGCUGUCAAGACACUUCCAUUCGGCGAUCGACUGGAGCAUCUUAACGCUGUCGUCCUGGCUCCGCGCAGCAGAGCAGCUGCCACCGACUCGUUCGCGUCCAUUCCACACCACCACAUCGACACCGAGGCACUGGACAAGCAGCGCCAAGUCCAACUCGUCGACCUCGCCUAUUCCAGCCAUCCCUUCUUGGCGGUCAUUCUAUCCAAGACACUCUUCAUGAGGGCAUUCAGCCAGGGCGCGCACGACAAGGUGCUGUUGGACGCUAUCCUCGUCGCGGGUCUGGACCUCAAGUGCACCUUGACGGGGACCGCCGAGGCGGGUCGCGAGGAGCUGGUCGAGCUCCACGUCAUGGCGAACAGGACGGCCGCAUCGCUGUUCAGCGUGUUGCUCGGCAGCCUCAGCGCGAACAAGCUCCAGACAUGUGUGCAGAGCAUCAUGCUGCUCGCCUGGCACGACCUCGCGCAAGGCCACAUCAGGCGCUCCUCGACUUGGUGGACGAUGGCAUGCGAUCUGAUCCUGCGCGUGCGCUCGCUGCGUGCGCACGAAGACGUGAUCGAAAGCCAGAUCAACGGCUUCGACAUCACGUCGCUGCGCGAGGAGGAGCUGGAGCACAUGCAGGCCAUCUGCCAGCUCAUGCUGCUCUACUUCGAAACGUCGCUAUGCCCGAUCCCGGUCCCGCACACUCUGCUCUGGCGCAGCGCCAGCCGCAACAACCUGGCAGCGGCCUCCAACAUCUGGGAGCUCGACGACAUCAGCGGCAACGUGGCCUCGGCCGAGGGACAUGCGCGUGCGUGCCGUAUCGUCCACCGCAUCCAAGCGGUGCUGGGCAGCCUGUCGGAUCGACACACCGACCUCAAGAACGCAGGCGAAUCCACGGCCGCCAACGAGGACCGCGAAGGCAAGGUGGACUCGCUGCUCAUGUACGCCAACUUCACCGGCAUACGGAUGACGGGACCUAUUCUGACACUCAGCGCACUGUUGCUGUGUCUGCAUCAUGCUCGUCGCGGUGCGAGAGAGAUGAAUAAGGUGGCGGUCAUCAGCACGAUCCGAGUAUGUGCAGCCGCAUGUCUGCAUCUGCGGGACAUCUUUGGCGACGCUGUCUGCACCACCAGCCGCGCCAACAUGGCCGGAUCCUUGACGGAAGCCGCUGCCGACUCGUCGAUUGCUCUGUGCAUCCUCGAGUGCGUAGCCCUUACGUUCGGUGCGUUGAUGACCGAGUGUGGCGCAGCGCAUCCGGGCGAAGCGCCUUUCUCAAGAACCAAGGACGAUACGAGCUCGAUGAAGCUCUCGAGAGGAGCGCAGCAGAUGGUGGUGGAGAAGCUGGGUGUGGUGAUGGGCAUCGUUUGCACCAUGAUGGACUGCCUCGACAAUGUGCCGGUAGGUGGUGCUCGGGCCAGGCAUGUUGGCAACCUGCUCUACCGGCUGCGUGGCCGACUGGAAGCGCUGCAGGUGCAGGCGGACGUGUCGUUCGCAUUUGAAACGGCCUGCACCAGCAGCAGCGCGAGCAACUCUCAAGGCAAAAGACCCAGUCUUACGGAGGAUGCUCAAAGCGAGUCCGAGCCGGAUGCGAUGGCAAGGAGCAUCGAUGAGUCUUACGACGAAACCAUGGCAUCAGCACCGGCGUUCGAGCAUGGAGGUCAAGUAUCGACGGAGCACCACGCAGGGACGUCGGUAUCAGCGUACGGCGCCGCUCCGCAUGCCUCGGCUGCCAGCGCUUUCAGCGACGUGCACGCACCCUCGCUGCCUCUGCAGCAAUACUCGUUCAACAACCAGGUGAUGUACGGGCCGGGGCCAAUGUCGACGUGGAGACCAGGUGGAGUACCGAGUAUGGGAUCGGAGGGCAGCGCGUGGAUCACCGAGACCAAGGUGACCGAGACGCGAUCGGUGCACGCAGCCAAGGGCGACGAGUACUGGGCGAGCGGUGCAUUCUCGACGGCCGAGAUGUCGGCGUCGAGCUACAGCGAGAUGUCGGUGCCGAUGGCAAUGCCUCAGAUUGAAUCGGGCUUUCGGCGGGCUGGACCAAACACGGGGCUGUCGGAAUCGCUGCCGUCGAGCACGGCGGGCAAGGCAUUUGGACGUGGGAUGCCGCAGUACGCCCACACGCAUACGCAUGGCCGGACCAUGUCGAUGAUGCCCAUGAGCAUGCUUUAUCGACACAAUGAAGGCGGACGCGAAGCUCACGGCACGGUGACGGGCGAGAUGGACUCGUUCUUUGCGCAGUCUGAGGGCGGGAUGGCCCAGACCGCUGGCGCCGUAGAAGGAGGCCGAAAGCGGGCGAGGGGCGAGCCUCAUGCGAUGCGACAGAUCUAUUCGGGGACCAAACCGGUGGCGAGCAGCAACAGCAGCAGCUGCAGCGGCGGCGCCAGCGCCAGCACCGGGACUGGUCGACGGACCGAGGCGGUCUGGGGCGCAACAACGGCGGAGGGAGAAGGACGGGCGAUUCCCGCUGCAGCAGCGCUUGCGUCGAUCCAGCGCGUCGAGCCGCUGACCGACCCUGCGUACGCGAUCGCUGCGAGCGCAGAGUGGCCGCUCGAGAUCAGGGAGCGGUCGAUGAGCUGCAGCGACGGGUCGAGCUGCGCAUCGUCGCGUUCCGAAGCGGACCAUGGCUACGACACGGCCAACGACGCCUGA